UCACAUAUAAACCUGCCAUUGACGCCAGCCUUGGAUCCAUGUAGCUGCUUCACUACCUCAAGCUGCACACGACACAUCGAAGAAAAGGACUCCACAGAAGGCAAGAAAAUGCGUCAGUCCAUCCUCCUCGCCCUGCUCGGCUUGAGUGUAGGGUUGGUUAUAGGAUAUCCCUUCCUGGACUCCGAAGAUGGAGGAAAACAUUGGGUGCUUAUCGUGGCCGGCUCCAAUGGCUGGUACAACUACAGGCACCAGGCUGAUGCCUGCCAUGCUUAUCAGAUUGUCCACAAGAAUGGCAUCCCAGAUGAGCAGAUUGUGGUCAUGAUGUAUGAUGACUUGGCUCAAAACGAAGCAAACCCAACCCCUGGAAUAUUGAUCAACAGACCUAAUGGCGGAGAUGUGUACAAGGGAGUGCCAAGAGACUACGUUGGGGAUGACGUGACCCCAGAAAACUUCCUGGCAGUGCUAAAGGGUGACUCCUCAAAAGUCAAAGGUGGUUCUGGGAAGGUUUUGAAGAGUGGGCCCAAUGAUCAUGUGUUUGUGUACUUCACUGACCACGGGGCGCCUGGUAUUCUGGCAUUUCCUAACGAUGAUCUCAAUGUUGAAGACCUCCAAGAAGCCAUUACAUACAUGCACACAAAUAAGAAGUACAAAAAGAUGGUGUUCUACAUUGAAGCAUGUGAGUCUGGGUCAAUGAUGAACCACCUGCCUGAUGACAUUGAUGUUUACGCCACCACUGCAGCCAACCCUCAGGAGUCCUCAUACGCCUGUUACUAUGACGAGAAAAGGGACACCUACCUGGGCGACUGGUACAGUGUUAACUGGAUGGAGGACUCUGAUGUGGAGGACCUGACUAAGGAAACUUUGCUGAAGCAGUUCAAGAUUGUGAAGAACCACACAAACACCAGCCACGUCCAGCAGUAUGGAAACAAGACUUUGGCCCACAUGAAAGUCAUACAGUUUCAGGGUAAUCCCAAAGCCUUCGACACCCGUGCUUCUCAGAUGAACCUGCCUCCCGUUACAAAUCCAGACCUGACUCCAAGCCCAGACGUUCCUCUGGCCAUCCUGAAGAGAAAGAUGAUGCGCUCAAAUGAUCUCAAGGCCACAAAGACCCUCCUGGCGGAGAUUGACAGCCACCUUAAAGUCAGGGAUUUGCUGGCCAGCACCAUGCGCCUCGUGGUCGAGAAGGUGACGGGCAGUAAGCUCAAGGCUGUGGAAGUUCUCGAAGAGAGAGCUGAGCUCUCUCAGCAUCAGUGCUACAAGGCUGUGGUCAAAUACUACAAAUACAACUGCUUCAACUGGCACAAAUCUGAGUAUGAAUACGCCCUGAGACAUCUGUAUGCUCUGGUGAACCUGUGUGAAAGGGGAUAUCCUGCAGAGAGCAUCCAGCUGGCCAUGAAAUCUGUGUGCUUCUUCUAACUAAAAGGAAUUCUGCAGGACCAGUUUGGUCUCGGAUAACGAGGCUUCUUCCAUGUCGGAAGCGUUGAGAAAACUGAGCUUCUCUUUGCACCGCUUGGGAAUCAGUCUGGCUUGAUAUUGACGUUAUUGUUUUAUACACACUAUAUACCACUUUUUUUCUUUUUUUUCCAAGUUUUUUGAUUUUUACAGAGAAAUUUUACAUUUAUUUUGUGAUGAGUUGCACUAUUACUGUGAAGUGAAUUUGGAUGAUGUUUUUCUGCUUCUGAUUGUGUGUUUUUUUUUUUUUUUUUUUAGGAUAUGACUAUUAUAAAUGCUUGAUUGACAUGUAAAGGAUGUACCGCUAAGCACUGAAUGUUUGUUGAGUCGUUUGUUUUAAUACAGAGAUCUUAAUAAAAUCUGACAAACCAAAACUGGUGCUUUUAAAAUGUUUCUUAAAGAUCCUGUUAGUUUUUAAGAGAUUUUGGCUUUCUUGUGAGGUUGUUUUAACACCUGAUGCAUGAAACAGGAUAAAAGCAGAAUACACAGACUGACAGACAGGUUAUUAGAAGGUGAAAAUGCUUAAACUUGUUACAGGAAAUGCAAUGAAACAUCUUUACCUUUAUGCUGUUGGUCUUUCAUGUCCAUAAUAGUCCUUCAUAAUCAUACAGGGUCUGUUUGGUAUGUUAACCUUACUAUGAAAAUGAAGUUGUACAAUCAAAAAGAAUGUAAUAUAAAUGUCUUCAGGAUCAAAUAAAGACCAAAGUUGUUCCAGGA